GUAGAGGCGAAUGCGGCGCUGCAAGGAGGCAGACUCUGAGACUUGAGCACCCCCUCUUGACACGAAAAUAACACUUAUUUCUUCCUUUACCAGCGUCUUCUGGGGAUUAACAUUCAGCGCUGACUCUGUAUGGUGCAGUGACCGUUUGGCUGGUAGGUGCCUGCAGGCUGUCAAUGCAUGGUGCUCCCGAAGACAGUCGUUAAGGUGAAGUGUUUUAGUGUGAGCUGCUCACUACCCUGCGUUUCGGACACGGCAUCCUAUCUCUGAUCUCCUGCCAAGGGAGAGAGCAGUUGCUGCACGCUCUUUACCUGACCCCCCCGCCCUGUCCCCACCGCCACCAUGGUGCUGUCACAGAGGCAACGUGACGAGCUAAACCGAGCGAUAGCUGAUUACCUUCGUUCCAACGGAUAUGAAGAGGCAUAUUCAGUUUUCAAAAAGGAGGCGGAAUUAGACAUGAAUGAGGAACUGGAUAAGAAGUAUGCAGGCCUUUUGGAAAAGAAAUGGACUUCAGUCAUCAGAUUACAGAAAAAGGUGAUGGAAUUAGAAUCAAAACUGAAUGAAGCGAAAGAAGAGAUAACUUUAGGUGGGCCAAUUGGACAGAAGCGAGACCCCAAAGAAUGGAUCCCCCGUCCCCCUGAGCGAUACGCCCUGAGCGGCCACAGGAGUCCUGUCACCAGAGUCAUUUUCCAUCCUGUUUUCAGUGUCAUAGUCUCUGCCUCAGAGGAUGCAACAAUAAAGGUAUGGGACUAUGAAACGGGCGACUUUGAGCGCACCCUUAAGGGCCACACAGACUCUGUACAGGACAUCUCCUUUGACCAAACUGGAAAGCUCUUGGCCUCCUGUUCAGCAGACAUGACCAUUAAGCUUUGGGACUUCCAGGGCUUCGAGUGUAUCAGGACCAUGCACGGGCAUGACCAUAAUGUUUCAUCAGUAGCUAUUAUGCCCAAUGGAGAUCAUAUAGUUUCAGCCUCAAGGGAUAAAACCAUUAAAAUGUGGGAGGUGGCCACAGGGUACUGUGUGAAGACAUUCACUGGCCACAGAGAGUGGGUGCGCAUGGUGCGGCCCAACCAGGAUGGGACCCUGAUCGCCAGUAGUUCUAAUGACCAGACGGUGCGUGUUUGGGUGGUGGCCUCGAAAGAAUGCAAGGCAGAGCUGCGGGAGCAUGAACAUGUGGUGGAGUGCAUUUCUUGGGCCCCUGAAAGUGCACAUCCCACCAUUCUGGAAGCGACUGGCUCAGAGACUAAGAAGAGUGGGAAACCUGGACCUUUCCUGCUAUCUGGUUCCAGAGACAAGACUAUCAAGAUGUGGGAUGUAAGCACUGGGAUGUGCCUUAUGACACUGGUUGGCCAUGAUAAUUGGGUGCGUGGGAUUCUUGUGCACCCUGGGGGAAAGUUCAUUGUGAGCUGUGCUGAUGACAAGACCUUGAGGAUCUGGGACUACAAAAACAAGCGCUGCAUGAAGACCUUGAGUGCCCAUGAACAUUUUGUUACCUCUCUGGAUUUCCACAAGUCUGCUCCGUACGUCGUCACCGGCAGUGUAGAUCAAACAGUAAAAGUGUGGGAGUGUCGCUGAUCGAACCUACAGGACCCUUCACAACACCUCCAUGCUCCCCUCCUCAUCUUCCUGUCCCAUUCCACCCUCCUCAGCUUCCUCCUGCUCUUCUGGAUGCACUCAAACAUCAUGGUUAUCACCCACGGAGCUCUGGUUCAAUACCAUGUCCUUUUAUGUCAAUUAUUCUGGAUGUAGAUUGAGCUAUUAAAUGGAGGGGGGAGAGAGAAAGUAUUCUUGCAUGGUGAAUCCAAAACUUAAUACUGUAAAUUUACAUAAUGUUGUCUAGAAGUACCAUAGGUUUAACACGGGCUGAUCUUUCACUCAGCCUGACCUACCGAAAGCAGAAGCUGACUGGGUUAAUGUAGGGCACUAAACUGAUAAUUUAAUGGCAGUGUCAUUUAUUGUUUGUCUGAUUUAUUUUUGUCUUUUUUUAUUUCGUUAUUUUUUUUUUUUUCUUCCAAUGUCUUAGUCUGUUUCAAGUUCAAAAGCUACAGAAAGAACUUUUAAAGCUUAGGUGGAGAGUCAAUCUGUGGGGCUUGUUAUCAGAACUAUUCUGUAGCUUUGUUACAUCACUUCUGGAGUGUAUUAUCUUAUUGUGGAUUUAGAUAACAUAUAAUGGUUGCAUCUAAAAACAUUUCAAAAGUUUUGUUUUGAAACCAUUGGGAAUAAAUCUUUGUACGCUUGUCAUGACACAUCCUACUGAGAAGUACAAUCCUAGAGACAUGACUUUACACUGUAAGAGAGAAUUCUGAUUAAUUAUAGGAGUUGACUUGUAUGAAACUCCUGCAUCCAAAAAAGCCAUGCUGCAUAGUGGGCAGCAAAAUUUUCCUUAUUGGCUCAAAAUCAGAGGUGGACAGCUUUAGUAAAGAUUUUGAUUUUGACCUUGAUGGUUAUCUGUCAUUCAGGAGCACUUCAAACUUUAAGCACCAUAAAUGAUUCCUCUAUGAAGCACUUGAUUUGGCCCUUAACAGUUGUUGUUAUUGUUAACAUAUAGCACCAACGAGCAAGGAUUUAUAUCCAGAUGAUGUUCUGAUUCUUCCUUGUGUUGAUCAGUUCUUGAUUUGUUUUUGAUUAUAUCCUGCAAUUAUCAUGUUAGCUGGAUGAUUAAUUAUCUCGUUGCACCUAUGGCAGUUGUGCAGAGACUUGUGUUCAGUAAAGACAUUUGAAUCACAAACCUUCAGUUUGGACCUAAGAUAUAAAGCAUGACAAGGGCUCAAAGUUUCCUCUCAUUAGAGGAUGUGCAAAAUCUGUCUUAAAAGAGUGGGUCAAAGAUUUCCAUGAUGAAAAAAUGGAAUGAUGGCAACUUCUGGGGUUAAGAUGAAAUCAAAACUACACCUGAUACUGUGGGAAGCUAAAACUUCUAAUAAACUUACGAGUUAAUGUGGAGCUAAAGACUAACGAAAUGCUAGCGUCUGCCUGUUCUCUUUGUGGAGAGGCUUGAAGGGAUAUUUAUGUUGGGGGCCACAGCAGAAGCUCUUUAUAUUACAUGCAAGUUUCUAAAAGAGCUGAUUGCAAGAGGUCCUUGAACAUCCCUGAAAUAAAGCCACACAGGUGCUCAAGCCAUUAUUUAAGUCUGAUAAGUGGCACAUUCUCUGCUAUUCUGUUAAUAAAAGUACAAAUAAAAACACAAUGGGAAAUGAUUUGAUAUGUCAUGAAUGUGGAGAUAAACCAUUCCAUAUCUUUUAGGGGUGGGGGGGUGGGGGGAAUUGCCUUUGGCUUUGUGGUAAGACAAAAUAAAUUGUUAACAUGCUAUUGUUAGAUCUUUGGUCCCAUCAGACUGAAGGUCCAAGUAAUGUAAGGCUUGUUUAAAAAAAAAAAAAAAAAAAAAAAUGCAUAAACGGAUAUCGUUUUAAUUAGCCUUUUCAUCCCAAUACAAUUAUAUAAUAAAGACUUUCACUGCUUAACCAUGCUAUUAUCAAGCGAUUUCCUGUUGUGUGUGUGUGUGUGUGUACUGGAUGUACCUGCUGCUGCUGGAAAUCUGAUAGUGACUAGUCUGAGAUCUGUACCUGUCGACGUAGCACUGCUGCAUGUAACAGUACUGAGGAAUGAGCUGUCUGGUGGGGUACUAUUGGCCACAUUUGAUCUCUGGCCAUGCUGAAACAGUCUUAAAGGGAUGAUUCACCCAAAAAUUAAACGUCAUCAUUUACUCACCCUCAUGUCGUUCCAACCCCAUAUGAGCCUUUUUUUUUUUUCUUGUCAGGAACACAAAAGGAAAUGUUUAGCACAAAGUUAGCCUGAGUCACCACCAUUUUCAUUGCAUAUUUUUUACCCAUACAGUGACAGUGAAUGGUGACUGAGGCUUACACUCUGCCUAACAUCAUCUUUUGUGUUCCACAGAAAAAAGUCAUUUGAAGUCAAGUAAAUGAUUACAAAAUUAAAAUUUUUGGGUGUACUAUCUCUUUAGGCACAAACGAUCAAAUUGAUAUCUUGAACUAUAAAAAUAAGGAUGCGAUUUUGUAACCUGCUCAAUUGAAAUAGGAAAAAUAUGCAUUCAGAAUUGCUCCUCAAUGGUUUAACGGAGACAGACAGACACCCAACCAGAUAGGUCAAUAGGCAUGUUAACUGUGGACAUGCUCAGUAUGUGGUUUGUAGAGGCUGGUCUGUGUAUGCUUGUAUGAAAAGGGACAUUGACUCUGUUCUUUUUGCUAUGGGAUUGUGGCAGACUGAGCAACCUAAGGGAGAAGUGGCCAUCGCUAGCAACCACUUCUGAUGCCUCCACCUCCUAUAAUUUUUUGAUUUUGCUGGUGGUGGAGAAGACUGAUAUUGCUUCAGUCACUUAUUGAGCUUGGGCUUCAAUGUAUUACAGAGCAAAGAGAUCCAGUAGGUGGUUGCUAAAAUCAGUAGCUUUAUGCUAUAAACUGUAAAUCUAAACAAGAAUGUGAGUAAUUAUCAUUAUUUGUAUUUUAUGGUAUGUACAAUCACAGUGGAGUUGAUUAUCCCCAUUUGAAGAAAUCUCUUAAAAGUGUUACUCCCUUGUGAUUGGCUUUCUUCAAGACUCUUAGGGCCAAAGGUCUGAUACUAAGGACUCCCUGAAGAUUGGACUCGCCAUUUUAAAAGUGAUUAGCCUUUCUUGGUUUGACAAGAAAGACGAGAACCACACAGAUGGCAAGACCUGUUUUUGUACAUCAGAAAUCAAAACGUUGGCCAUUCGCAGAUCCCAAGCAAUCCCACUUUUGUAAAUAUUGGAUGGGUUAAUGUACAGACAGACUCUUGAAGCUGUCUGUAGGUCCGUCCUCCAGCCACAGAUCUGUCAUCAGCUAUAAUUUGUGAAUAGAUUGGAGGCUUCAGACUUCACAGCUUGAAUGAGACUCUUUUUAUGGUAUCACUGUUCACACAGCCAAUUGUUAACAAUAUAUCUGGAUGUUAUUAUUGUUUGAAACAUAAUUAAAGAAAAAAAUAUGAA